AAAGCGACUCAUUUCAUAACAUAACUUUACCACAGACUGACUAAUUAUUAUUAAACGUCAAAAUGACUGGUCGCGGCAAAGGCGGGAAAGGUUUGGGAAAAGGAGGCGCUAAACGUCACAGAAAAGUUCUUCGUGAUAACAUCCAGGGUAUUACGAAACCAGCUAUCAGAAGGUUGGCGAGACGAGGCGGCGUCAAGAGAAUAUCCGGAUUAAUUUACGAAGAAACACGUGGCGUGUUAAAAGUUUUCCUUGAAAACGUGAUCCGUGAUGCCGUGACCUACACAGAACACGCGAAAAGAAAAACUGUGACAGCGAUGGACGUUGUCUAUGCGUUGAAGAGACAAGGCAGAACGCUGUACGGUUUUGGCGGGUAAAUUAUUAAUGAAAAACUUUUGAGGCUAUAUGAAGAAAUAAAUGAUGCAUUUGAUCUAGUUACCAUACUAUUUAUUGGUGUUGACAUGGCCCUUUUCAGGGCCGCA